CAAAUUAAUAUAGUCUCCAAGAAAGAAAAGGAAUCCAUUGUUGUGCAGUGAAUCAGGGUAUUAGAAAUGGCGAGCUCUCUGCAACGGCUGGCAAGUAAUUCCGGCAAGGCUUACCGAUCGGCUUUGGCUCCACUUUCGAGAGCAUUCUCCACGCAGGAUUCAUUAGUUGAAAUAAAACCCGGAGAGAUCGGUAUGGUUUCCGGCAUCCCACAAGAGCACCUCCGCCGAAGGGUCCUGAUUUUCUCACCUGCUCGAACUGCUACCCAACAAGGAUCCGGGAAGGUCGGGAGAUGGAAAAUUAAUUUCAUGUCCACACAGAAAUGGGAAAAUCCGCUAAUGGGUUGGACAUCCACUGGAGACCCAUAUGCAAAUGUUGGUGAUUCUGCAUUAAGUUUUGACACUCAAGAAGCUGCAAUAGCUUUUGCCGAGAGACAUGGUUGGGAAUAUACGGUGAAGAAGCACCAGACUCCAUUAUUGAAGGUGAAGUCGUAUGCGGACAACUUCAAAUGGAAGGGCCCUCCAAAGGCAGAGGCGAAUUAAUACUUAUCCAAUGUUUUUCAUUUAGGGGCUUUUUAGCUCUGUGAUGGACACCAGUUUCAGUUCUUCCUGUUGCAUAUUGGUUUCAACUAUCAUGUUGUUUCUUCUGUUGGGCAUCAUGUUUCCGACUGAGCUCCUUGAAGCAAUAAGUCAGAUAAAACCGGCCAUACGUUCUUCUUUGUUUUAU